UCAUAUUUUUUUCGUUUCGUUUUAGCCACGGUGCGGCGAGGCCCGUAUGUCUUUUCUGCUUGGCCACCUUCUGCGUGAAGCUGUGCGGCCACGCGCGCCGCGGCUUCUCUUCCCCUCCCUCUCGCCGACCAGCUCCCCCUCCGCCAUCGUUCCCCAUCCGUACUCUCGGUGGUCGCCACUUCUUCGCCCGUCUCUCUCGCGCUCUCCCGACCAUUAUGUCGUCGGUCGCUCUCCCUCGCUUUCGAUCGUAGCUGGACUGGACUUAUUCGAAGGCUUCUGGCCAUAAUUGCGGCCACGGGAUUUUCUCUUCCAGCGGUAGGAGGUAGGGAGUGUGUUGCAGACCGUGGGAUCGAAACCAGAAGCUGUAAGCUGUUUGUUGCAGGGCAAGGGAUCGAAACCAGAAGCUGGCGGAAGUUGCUGGCGGAAGUUGCGCGGCGUGGGAUAGAAAGCAGAAGUUGCAGGGCCUGGGAUAGAAACCGUGUUUCAGUGAGGUGCCUCCUAGUGGGACUGGAGGGUUCGCUCUGGGUCUGGUGAGGAGGGUGGGGGCACUGGGGGGGUAAAGUACAGUUGGUUAUCAGGAGCGGCCGCAGCGGAGUAGGGAACGAGGGUGACAACAGACAGGAGGGGCGGUGGUGGAAGUAGACAAGAGGAUUUCUCAAAAUGGACCAGGGAUCAAGGAGGAAUAGCAAGAACGUGGAUGACCAAGGGAGGACGAGCCCAAGCAUGGACCAAGGGGGCAGAAGGAGCCCUAGCGUUGACCAGGGGGGCAGAAGGAGCCCUAGCGUUGACCAGGGGGGUGACCAAAUGGGCAGAAGGAGCCCUAGCGUUGAUCAGGGCCCGAGGGGAUCUCAACCUAACUCUAGGAGAGGGUCUGGGAACCCUGUUGUCCCUGCCCAAGCACCACCGCCAUCGGAAAGCAGGAGAUCAUCCAAUAAUCCAAUGAACAUGCAAGGACAUCCACCAGGGGACCCAGGCCAGCAGGGAGGUAAUCAAGGCCAAAUCCGGAGGGGUUCAUCGCCUGCCUCACAAGGAUUCAAUCAGGGAGAAGUGAGGAGAUCUUCCAAUGCACCUGUAGGCGAUCAAGGGUACAAUCAGGGAGGAGAAGUGAGGCGAUCUUCCAAUGUACCUCCAGGUGAUCAGGGAUUCAAUCAGGGAGGAGAAGUAAGGCGAUCUUCCAAUAUACCUCCAGGUGAUCAAGGAUUCAAUCAGGGAGAAGUGAGGAGAUCUUCCAAUAUACCUCCAGGCGAUCAAGGGUACAAUCAGGGAGAAGUGAGGCGAUCUUCCAAUAUACCUCAAGGCGAAGUGGCGCCUGCAGGCUCUCGACGGGCCUCGUCGCAAGUUCAGGAUGGGCAGCCACCCCCAGGGCCAGCAGGUGAUGCCCAAAUGGCUGGAUCGAGGCGCUCAUCUAACAAUCCACAGGGAUAUCCACAGGAUGUGCAGCAGCAGCAGCAGCAGCGUGGAUCAAUUCGUGCAGGCGAGGUGAGGAGGGAAUCAUCAGGAGGUAAAGGACCAUUACCAGAAGACGCUGGAGGGGACAGGCGUGGAUCGAAUUCUGGUGCUGUUAGAAGAACAGACUUGACAGUCGAUGUCCCUCCUGCAAAUGAUGGUUAUGGCGGGGGGUCUCGAAAGAGCUCCAUGGAACCGUCUAAGAUGCAGGGUGGAACGGAGUCUAGAAAAGGCAGCCACCACUCGGUUGGAGGACAUCAUGAUUCGUUGGGGCCAGCGUCACCCAUUCUUACCAGGGAUCAGGUAAUGCCUGACUCCCCACAGAUGCGACAAGCUGGCUUUGACAAUGCUGUCAGUGUGAAGCAGUACCUGAAUGCCACGAUUGUGCCGAUUCUGAGAGAAGCACUGCGUGCACUGGUGAAGGCGAGGCCAUCUGAUCCGUACGAGUUUGUAGGGCGAUAUAUCCUGGACAACAAGCCGAGAUAACAGGGGGUAAUCUGAUGGCAUAGCCAAGGGAGAAGAGGGUACCUUAUCUUCUUAUCUCUGCUGACCUGGCAACCAUCCACAGUCUAUACACCUCAUAGACCUUCAGAAGGCUGCCACGUCAGCCACGGGUGCUGCCUCGCUGUGGUGGUUUUCUCAAGGUUCCAAUCUGCGCACGAAUCGAGGUCACCGUGGCAGCGCCAAGUGUCGCUGCCACAUCUUUAUCAGUCUACACUACACAGUCUUUAUACACCUCAUGGACCUCCAGAAUGCUGCCAUGUCAGUGUCACGUCUACAUCUCGCCUCAAUGCAUAGAACCUGGGGGUUGCAAUUGCAAACUGGAAUUUGUCAGGUCUCCAAUCUGUGUAUGAAUCGAGGUGGCAGCGCAAGUGUGGCUGCUGGACACAUUCAACCGCUCUGGACAACGAGAGGGUUCUUCAACACAAAAAAUACUGGAGAGGACCGGGCCAGCACCAUGAGCGGGAGGGACAGCGUGGAAAUGGGAAAAGCCUGCAAUCUGCAGCCGGGGUAACCCCAACGUUCACACCAAAAAAAAGGGCACAAUAUGGCAGAGAACAGGACAGCAAUCGAGCAUCUGCCACAGAAGUACUAUAGAAAUGAAUUGAAAAGAUCAAUCAAUUUCAUUGUCAAAUAUCACAACAAUUAACUAUGAAUAGCAUUGCUCGCGUCGUUUGAACUGAUGAAUCAUCUGAGUGAAAGGUAGAUAAUGUGUGUUCAUCAUCUCUUCGUUGCACUGACGAGUCAUGAAUGAGAACUGGAAGUGAAGAGGGGCAGGACUGGGGGAUAGGGUUGUUAUAGAGAUCGGAUUGCAUUAUCUCAAGGAUGUAGCAGUAAUAUCGUUCGAAGAAAGGAGGGGGUAGAAAGGAGGGUGGGUCAAGCAAGGGGUGGGUGAGGAGGGGGGGGGGGGGGGGGUGUUCUAGAAGGGGUCCUUGUGUGUGUGACCUUUCACCUCUUGGGGUGACAUGUGGGAAGCAUUGCAUAAUCUUGUGCUUUGUGGCAGUAUCCCCUCUCUAAGACACGUAGCUAUCUAUGGCAGAUGGGGAUUACAAGCAUGAUGGGAUGGGGCAGGGAGGGUGAGGGAAAGGGCCUCUGGAAAGAGGAGGACUUUAUGUACCCCCCCCCCCCCUCCUCCCCCAUCUUGGACCCCUAGUGUUCCGUGAAGGAGAACUUGGGAUUACUGCAAUGUGGAGAUGAUCGAUGGUAGAUGGGAAAUGCAAAAAAAGGCAGAACCGAAAAAGAUAGCAAAAGAAGGGAAGAGCAGAUAACAGUGGGCACUGGGCAGUGAUGCGAACAAUUGUGUUCUUUGUUUUUUUUUUUCCCCUUGUUUUUUUUUCUCCCCUUUCCUCUGCUGCUAGAGGGAAAAGAAGGGCCGAACAGAAAACAGGGGGUAGUGACGGAACUGUCUUCUUUUCCUUCUUUCUUCUGGAAUCUGAGGAUCUUCUCCAGCAGUGUAGAAAAGCUGGCAGAUCAGAUAGCACUCAUAUUUUAGCAGUCAGGAUGCACAAUGGUUGUUUGUCUUUUUCCCUGUAUGCACAAAGUUAAGUUGGUUGUUUGUCUUUUCCCAGCUAGUAAUCUCUAUUAUAACUUAGUAUUAAAUUACUAUUCAGUUAUUAUUGAGUGAUGUUAAUUUAACUU